AUGGAUGGAUAGAAGAUAGCAAUGGUUAAGCAAACUUUAAGCGUCUUAUUUUAAUUUCUUGGAGAUAACGAUAGUCUACAAUUUAUAACAUUUGAUAAUUAUGCCUAUAGAUUAACACCAUUAAAGAGAGUAACAAAACAGAAUACAAAUUAUAUGUCGAUUGUUAUUUUUUAGCAGAAUUAAAAAUCAAAGAUCCAGUUAAUGGAACAGUUAUUACUAAAUAAACCAGUCUCACAUUAACAUUUUUUAAUGAAGAUGAAUUAAUUAAUUAAAAUGAAGCUGAUCUUGAUGUUUAUGCAUAGUAUUUCAGAGUCAAAAGAACAGAAGUGAUUGAUGAAGCAAGAAAAGCUUGUGAAUAAAAUAAGAACGAGGAUGCCUAAAAAUUAAUUGAUAAUAUGUUGAUACAAAUUUAAAAGAAUCCAAAUGUUGCUGCUUAAUGUACUGGAAUUAUUUAAGAUUUGCAUCAUAUAGUUUAUUUGGACAGAAACAAAUGUGUCAAAUGGUCAGUAAUAAUUAUCAAUAGGGAGGAGUCAAUUCUUUGUUUUCUGCCUAAGGAAUGCAAUUAUAAUAAGUUUAACCAGCUGCAUACUAGAAUGUUUAAUAAUAAUAGAUGAUGUUUUAAGUGCAAAAUUAAAAACCUAAUUGCAGGCAAUAUUGA